UGGCGGUGCCCUCAGGGAGGGAGAACGUGUCCCGGCCGUGCCCUCAGGUGCGGGGGGCUCGGCCCGGACGUGCCCUCAGGUGGGCGCCGCCCUCCCGCCACUCCCGCCCGCCUCCCCUCACGUGCGGGCGGCCCGAGGCGGCGGCGCCGCUCCGAUGGCGGCCCCGGGCGGGCUCGGCCGUUGCGUGGCCGCCUUCUGGCUGGCGCUGGCGUUCGACGCGCUGGGGCUGGCGGUGCUGCUGGCGGGCGUGUUCGCCGACGUGUUCUUCUCCGACCUGCUCAUCUACGCGGGCGGCAUCGGCAUCUUCCUCAGCCUCAUCUGGUGGGUGUUCUGGUACGCGGGCAACCUGGAGGUGCCGCCCGAGGAGCUGCGGGACGACGUGGGGCUGGCGGCGCCCAAGGGCCACGGGGACACGCUGCUGCGGCGGCUGGUGCACGGGCUCAGCCUCCGCCUCACGGCCGCGCUCGGGCCCGGCCGCCCCGCCGACAUGGAGCUGCAGCGCCCCGCGGGGCCCCGCGGCCGCCCCGCCGAGCCCGGCAGGAUCUGUUGAAGACAUGCCUUUUGAAGUUACUGCCUCAAAAAGCGGGGGAAGUGCUGCAAAUUGUGGAAAGAGAAUUCCCUGCUCAAAGCAGUAGGAUUCUCUCACUGUGGAAUAAUCUCUGUGAGCACUGUGGACUCUGCAUAAAGUGGACACAUGGAGUCAUAUCUCUGCCAAAUACACCUAUUUCAGUGUUGGACUGGAUAUGCUUUGAAAUGGUGGGAAAAAAACCAACACAAAAUCUCUUUAAGAAGUGAGAACUAAAAGAGAACUGAACCCAAUUCCCAGAAAAAUCUCUGCAGCUUGUCAUAUAGUUGUGGUUUUUAACUAUUAUUAUUUUUAAAACCCUGGAAGGUUUGGAUAAAAAGCUCUUGCACAAUGAAAAGCUCUUGCACUGUUUUACCAAAGUCUGGAAGUUAAACUUACUGUGAAUUUUUAUAAUGCCAGUGCAAUACUUUUGUUUGUAAGGGUGCUUUUAAAAUACCUAUAUUAAACUAUUGAUGCAAAGCUGCAAA